AUGCCAGAUAAUCUGACCACAGACCCAGAAUUCAUUCUUCUACCAUUUCCCAGCAGCCUCCACAUCCAUUACAUCCUAGGCUUUAUAUUCCUAUUGAUCUACUUUCUCACCUUAGCUGGGAACCUUCUGAUAAUGGCAAUCAUCAAGAUGGAUUCUCACCUUCACACACCCAUGUACUUCUUCCUGGUGAAUUUAUCUUUUUUUGAUCUCUUUUAUUCUUCAGUCAUAGUACCAAAGUUGAUUCAAAUACUCCUGGCCAGGAGGAAAACCAUCUUCUUCAGUGGGUGUAUGAUACAGAUUGGACUGACAUUUUUCAUUGCAUCAUCUGAAACCCUUCUCCUCUCAGCCAUGGCCUAUGACCGCUACUCAGCCAUCUGCAACCCUCUGGUCUAUGUGACAGUCAUGAACAAACAGUUCUGUAUAUUUCUGGCCUGUGGUUCUUGUCUACUUGGGGUCAUCAACUCCCUGAUCAACACCCUGCCUUUGAUGAGGCUGCAUUUCUGUGGCCCCUUCCUCAUCCACCACUACAGCUGUGAGAUGCCUGAACUCUUACCUCUCUCCUGCACUGACCUCUUCCUGAACAAAAUGAUCUUGUUCACCACCUUUGUCAUCUUCGGAUUUGGCUGCUUCUUACCCAUCAUGUUUUCUUAUACCCGAAUCAUCUCUGCCAUCCUGAAGAUCAGCUCAGCCUCAGGCAGAAGCAAAGCCUUUUCUACUUGCUCCUCCCAUGUGAUUGUAGUGACUUUGUUCUUCGUGACAGGUGUUGGCCGAUAUUUGAGUCCUGCUACUGGCUCCAUCCUGGAACAAGUCAUCUCCCUGCAGUAUAGCACUGUGACACCAUUAUUAAACCCCAUCAUCUAUAGUCUGAAGAAUGUGGAAGUCAGAAUCGCCAUAAAAAAAAUAUGGGAAAAGAAAAGUAUCCUCUCUCAUUCUUAUUGAUUAAAAACUCAGUCAGCAAUGGUGCUUAUAA